CCCCAGACCGGCCCCAUCUCCCUCACCGACGCCGAACUCGCCGCCUACGACGGCACAGACCCCAACAAACCCGUCUACGUCGCCCUCAACGGCUCCAUCUACGACGUCACCGACGGCCGCGGCGUCUACGGACCCGGCGGCUCCUACCACACCCUCGCCGGCCGCGACGCCACCCGCGCCUUCAUCACCGGCUGCUUCGACACAGACCUGCACCCGGACGUGCGCGGGGCAGAGCUCCUGUACGUGCCCGUUACUCCUGCCGAGGCCGCGGCUGAUGGCCGUACCGUCGAGGAUAAGUACUGGGCUGCGCUCGAGGGGGCGCGCGAGCUGAGUAGUGGGGAGCAGAAGAUUCGGCGGCAGGCGGAGCUGCGCAGUGCGCGCAAGAGUGUGGAUGCCGUGGUGGAGAAUUGGGCCGUCAUGUUUAGUGGGGGUAGGGGGAAGAAUUAUUUCAAGGUUGGCGAGGUGAAGCGGGAGGAGGGGUGGAUGGAGAAGCGGGAGAGGCCGGUGUUGUGUAAGGAUGCGCAGAUCAGGAGGCCGAUUCGCAUGGGCUUGUAG